GUCGCCCGCCGCCCAAGGUGACGUGGUGGGCUGGACAUUCGCAGGUGCGGGGCGAAGUGAAGGAGGACAUUAACGAGGUGACCAACACCCUCACUAUUGCUUCACUGCAGCGUCACCACCUCCACCAGUCCUUCAUCUGCCAGGCCAACAAUUCCCACCUAGCAAUCCCCGACACCGCUGCCGUCACCGUUGAUAUGACUUUGCCGCCUAUGUCAAUCAUGCUGAUGGGAGUGGACGGCCCAAUCUCCGCUGGAGUGGGUGUGACACUCGUGUGUGUAGUGGUGGGAGCGCGGCCAGAACCUACCGUGAGCUGGUUUCUGGAUGGGCGGCCGCUAGCCUCCAGGGAGAACAGGAUGCUGCACAACAACAAGACAGAGAGCCACUUGGUGUUGGUGGCCACGCCCGAGGACCAGGGGCGUUACCUCUCAUGCCGUGCCGAAACUCCUGGGCUCCUGCAGUCAUCCCUAGAAGACGGCACUAAGCUCGUCGUGCACUACGUACCCAGGGUUACCCUAUCCAUGGACUCACGUGUCAACCUGAAGGACGUGCGGGAGGGAAUGGACGUGUUUUUCACCUGCUCAGCUGAUGCUUUGCCUGCACCCACGAAAUUCCACUGGUACCACAAUAACAACAACAUAACCGUCAAUAAUACAGGGGGCGGCAUCCUGUUGUUCAACAUGACUUUAGUGCUGCAGCAGGUGGACCGUUACUCGUCAGGGAGCUACUCGUGUCGCGCCAUCAACACCCAGGGCGAAGGAGUCUCAAGACCCAUCAUGUUGGACGUCAAGUACUCGCCGGUGUGUCGCACAGGACAGCGCUGGGAGUACGGCAUCGCACGGGAUGAGAUGGUUCAUGUCUCCUGCCAGGUUGACGCUCACCCGAAGCACGUGAGCUUUUCAUGGAAGUUCAACAACUCAGCUCAAACCACGGACAUUCCCGAGGCCCACGUCACCAACAACCUUACCCUCAGCACGCUCACAUACACGCCCAAGACCAAGAUGGACUACGGUUUCUUACUUUGCUGGGCAACGAACUCCGUUGGGCGCCAACGUGAGCCCUGUGUCUUCAAAAUCUUUCCUGCUGGACCGCCGGAUCCCCUCAAGAAUUGCUCUGUGCUGAACGAGAGUACUGAAGCUGUUCAAGUGAGUUGUGACGAAGGAUAUGACGGAGGGAGGCCACAGAGCUUCGUGAUGGAAGUAUACGAGACGGAGGGACACAAACUAAAGACUAAUGUCACAAGUAAGACCCCAAUCUUUCUGGUGCGAGGCCUCCCUUCCGGCUUGGCCCUUACUAUCAGGAUCUAUGCCGCCAAUGCAAAGGGCCGCUCCGACGCCACCGUCCUUCCUGCUAACACGUUGCCCGAAGCAGCAGAGAAACACAUUCAAGGUGUCAUCCAGGCUAGCGAACUGCCGUCCACAAUGGAGCUACACCCUUCACUGGCCAUCAUCCUGGGCGUGGUUGGCGGUAUUUUAGUGGUUUUCAUAGUGAUUGUGGUAGUGAUGGUAGUAAGGCGGCCAAGACGGGAGAACCUACAGGGACGAAUCAAUCAAGCUGACUCAAGUAUACACAUACUAAAAAAGGAUGACAGCCACAGCGGAAGGCUUGACAUGGAUGAAAAGGACCCAGACGUUAUACCUGAAACAAGAGUGUUGUCCCGAAGGUUAGUAGACUCCUCGGGCACCAGCGAGGAACCUAGUUCGUGCGAGGGCUCGGAGAUCCCAGGAACACAGACACCUCCGCCCAGGGCACACGACUCCCUCUGCCCACUCCACAUAGGCAGCCGGGCGGACCUCCUGGAGCGACGUGGCGUAGCUGAUGUGUCCACCAUAUACGGAGAGCUUGUAGGCGUCACCUCAGAUGUCACCCCUCACGACCACAAGGCCCCAGACACACCAAAUACAAUAUCUAACGCCUACUCGGAAUCCGGCCACGUCACCCACGCCACACAUGCCCACGUUGAGCCAGUACACGCCCACGUUGAAUCUCAGCAGCAUUCCCACCAGACGCCCUACAUACAACAACAGCAAGAGUACACGGCCUCACCCCCGCCAGCUGAAAUCCACCACUCGGUGUCAUACCACCACAUGCCGCCAACCUCAACCACUGUCCCCACCCCGAUGUACACCCACGCUAUACCUAUCUCCCAUACCCAAACCCUCCCUCACCCACGUUCAAACCACGCCCGGAACCAUCACGCUCAAACAAUCACCCUACAGAGGCGGAGCAGUCUCUUCAUGGAUCCUUUGACAACACCCCUCGUGCCGCCCAUCGCCCCUCCCCCUGCAUACGACACACCUACGACCUCCUUGGCUCCAGAUAUGAGGGCAAUUGUGCCCAUGGUGGCAGAGACUGUUUGUAUCACACCUAACGCCCACACCAUCCACCCUCACGUCAGUCCGCCCGACAACUACUCUCCUCAGACCUUCCCAUCUUCCUUCAGUAAUGACCGUCUUGAGAGUGCUGUGUAAAGGGAUAAUAGAUAGACACACACAAAAAAAAACAGAUUGGUAAUGUGAUACUAUACAUGCAGGCAGCGAUAUCGACCACA